GGGGGCCACACCUCCACUCGCUCGGAGCAUAAAUACUCCCAGCCCCUCAUCGCCCGGCAUCCAGAAUCAUUCCAGCGAGUUGUCAUACGGCUUACCAGUGCUUGCAGGCAACCCUUUGGGCAUCGCUUGGUCACUUGUGUCUACCACCUCCAGCUCGUUAACGAUGGCGACCAGCGUCACAGCCUUGCAAUCGGCGUCCGUGGCCCAGGUGAACUCCGGCGUUGCCCCCUCGACGGUGGGGAAGAGCGCCGUGCCGAGUUCAGCAUUCCUGGGGUGCAAGAGUAAGGUGCCCGCCAGCGCGGCCUUGGGAUUGGCCAAGGGCAAGAGCCGCGUGGUGGCGGAAGCCGAGUCCAGCAAGAAGGUCGACAGGUGGGCCGGGUUGGGCACUGAUAUCUCCGAUGAUCAGCAAGACAUUCAGCGCGGGAAGGGCCUGGUGGACGCUCUCUUCCAGGGCCCCCAGGGCAUGGGCACCCAGAACGCCGUCUUGAGCUCGUGGGACUACAUUAGCCAGGGCCAGAGGACGUACUCCAUGGAUAACAUCAAGGAUGGUUUGUACAUCGCACCCGCAUUCAUGGACAAGUUGGUGAUUCACAUCGCCAAGAACUUCAUGGACUUGCCAGGCAUCAAGGUUCCUCUGAUCCUUGGUAUCUGGGGAGGCAAGGGACAAGGGAAGUCGUUUCAGUGCGAGCUGGUCAUGUCAAAGCUCGGAAUCAACCCCAUCGUGAUGAGUGCCGGAGAGUUGGAGUCUGGAAACGCCGGAGAGCCGGCCAAGCUCAUUAGGCAGAGGUACAGGGAGGCUGCUGACAUCAUCAAGAAGGGCAAGAUGUGCGCCCUGUUCAUCAACGAUCUCGACGCCGGCGCGGGGCGCAUGGGAGGCACUACCCAGUACACCGUGAACAACCAGAUGGUGAACGCCACACUCAUGAACAUCGCCGAUAAUCCCACCAAUGUGCAGUUGCCUGGUGUCUACAACAAGGAGACCAUACCCCGUGUGCCAAUCAUUGUGACGGGUAACGACUUCUCCACGCUGUACGCUCCCCUGAUCCGUGAUGGACGUAUGGAGAAGUUCUACUGGGCGCCCACCCGUGAGGACCGUAUCGGAGUGUGCAAGGGUAUCUUCAGGCUGGACAACGUGCACGACGACGACGUGGUGAAGCUGGUGGACAAGUUCCCCGGGCAGUCUAUCGAUUUCUUCGGCGCCCUGAGGGCCCGCGUGUACGAUGAUGAGGUGAGGAAGUGGAUCGGGAAGGUGGGAAUCGAGAACAUCGGCAGGAACCUGGUGAACUCCAAAGAUGGGCCCCCAACUUUCCAGAAGCCAGCGAUGACCAUCGAGAAGCUGAUGGAGUAUGGAGACAUGCUGGUCCAGGAGCAGCAGAACGUAAAACGUGUGCAACUCGCCGAAGAGUACCUGUCGUCCGACGCCCUGGGAGACGCAAACGCCGACGCCAUUAAGCAGGGGACCUUCUACGGAGGGAACGCAGCGCAGCACAUGGAUCUCAAGGUUCCGGAAGGAUGCACCGACCCGAACGCAGAGAAUUUCGACCCCACUGCUCGCAGUGACGAUGGCACAUGCGUGUAUGACUUCAAGAACCUGUAGAGGUUUCUAGUUCCAUGAGGGGCGUGGGUCUGGGUUAGCGAUGGUGUUUGUGGAGUGCGUUAAUGAUGAUCGUGGCGCAUGAAUCGUCCAACGUAGCGAGGUGUAGUAGUUCGUCAGGCCAAGCCAAACAAUUUGCCGAAUUUCUGACGGUGGUCAGCGCCGAGUUGAUGCACCCUUGUGGUGCGUUUGUAUGAUACACUUUGAUUAACGAGUAUGAAUCUGGGAAUUAGAACUUGUGUUCGGUCUUCUAGCGCA